AAUAUUUACUUGGCUCUUAUGGUGAACUACAUUUUGUUGUAUAUUUUAUUGCUUGUCUAGACAAGCUAGCAGAAACACCUAAUAUAAAUGCAAUUAAUUGGUAUCAUCUGCAAAUUGCUAGGGAAGGUAAUUAUACAAGUCAAGAAAGUGCACAGAAAUUUUGGCAAGGCAUUAUAUCACAUAUGGAGGAAUUAAAGAAUGUUUUUAAAAACAUUGACCCAACAGCAGUUUGGCAGAAUAGUUAUCACGAUGUCAUCAAAACUUAUCCCAGAAUUCUUGGGCCUAAGAUGAAUGCAAGAAAUCAAGGUAAAGCUAUUGGUAAAAACAAUGCAUUUAAUAAUAUGAGACAAGCUUUAAUACGAUUUGAUAAUUAUGCAAAUGAUACUGAGAUAGUUACUCAUAAGCAUCAACAAUCAUCAAAUGGAAAAAUGGACAAGAAAAAAAUGUGGUCCUUGGAUGAUUUUGAACUUGGUGCUCUGCUUGGAAGUGGAAGAUAUGGAGAGGUUUAUAAAGCGAAUGAAAAGUUAAGCGGUAAAACUGUUGCAAUAAAAUUGUUAUACAAAAAAGAAAUAAGAGAUGCUAAAAUGGAAGACCAAUUGAGACGCGAGGUUGAGAUUCAAGUUAAUUUAAGACAUCCCAAUAUUCUUCGUUUAUAUGGAUAUUUCUUUGAUGAGAUGCAUGUAUGCUUAAUCCUGGAAUUUGCUGAAAAAGGUGAAUUAUAUAAUAGUCUAAAAAAAUAUGGUAAAUUCCCUGAACGAAAAGCUGCACGUAUAUCAGAUUUUGGAUGGGCUGUUCAACAUACUAAUCCUGAUGUAAGACGCCGAACCUUUUGUGGCACUCUUGAUUAUAUGGCUCCUGAAAUGGUUAGAAUCAAAGAAGGUUAUGAUUUGAAAGUUGAUUCAUGGGCUCUUGGUGUCUUGUGUUAUGAAUUUUUGAUUGGAGCACCACCAUUUGCAGAUACACCUAAUACAUAUGAAACUUUUGAGAGAAUAAUGAGGGUUGACUUCCAAUUUCCUGAUGAACUAUCGCCCGAGGCUAAAGAUUUAAUUUCUUCGCUAUUAUGUCGAGAUCCUAAGCAACGUAUACCACUUGAAGACGUUAGUAAACAUCCUUGGAUUGUGAAAAAUUUAAAGUAUUUGAAAUCAUUAAGUUAA